UACAACAGCUUGCGCUUAUCGCCAAUGGUUGACACGUUUCCUCCGCUGCACAGUCCGUCAGUUACGGGGAGUCAAGAUCGAUUGAGUCCGACUAAGGCGUCUUUUGGUCCCAGUGCGGUAGAGGUUGCUGCCCAGAAUGCCUCGAACGACGAUGGCCCGUUCAAUUUCAAAACGGUGACGAUGGAAAAGAACCCGGUGGUGAAAUCUAAUAUCGGUCAACGACGUGGACACAAGUACAAACAUAGCAGCAUCUCGCAUCAGAUCUUCCUCGAACCUCCUCCUAGAGCACCUCUCGCCUUGCCCAAUUCGUUACCGAUCCCCACGUUUAAAGAAUGCCGGGCCAGUAUGUCGAAAGACCAGAAGACACGGUUUUGGUGGAGCGUAUGUCAUAUGUUCGUGGCGGCCUAUACACUUUGGAGCGCCGAGGGAUCGUUGGCCAUGACGGCGCUGUCCCAUUUGAUCCUAUACGAUUCACUUGGAGCAUUGCUUUGUGUGGUGGUGGAUGUGUUUGGAAAUUUCGAAGUUUGGAGGCGAUCUAGCAUCCGACAUCCUUUUGGGUUGGAGCGGGCAGAAGUAUUAGCAGGGUUCGCGAUGUGUGUUCUUUUGCUCUUCAUGGGAAUGGACCUCAUUUCGCAUAAUCUCCAGCACUUUCUGGAGUCGUCUGGACACGAGCCUCAUCACCCUCACCCUCACUCUAGAGUCUCUGUGGGCAGUGUCGAUAUCACCGCCGUUUUGGCGAUCUCGUCGACAUUGGUCUCCGCGAUUGGGUUGAGGAAUCAUGCUCGAAUCGGAAAAGCGAUGCAGUUCGCUUAUAUUGAUUCCUUACCGUCUGUGUUGAGUAACCCGUCGCAUUUCUUGACACUUUCCUGCUCCACUCUGCUCCUAAUUCUUCCAUUGGUGUCCGUUAAGCUAUACACCUGGCUUGACUCGCUGCUGUCGGGCACGAUUGCUAUCUCGAUGUGUGUCAUCGGCGUACGCCUCGUGAAGACUCUUGGAUCAAUGCUGCUCAUGUCCUACUCCGGCAGAGGCGUACCGGAAGUGAUCAAAGAUAUCGAAUCCGACCCAUGCGUAUUUGGCAUCGACGACGCCAGAUUCUGGCAAGUUCAUUACGGACUGUGCAUGGCGAACCUGGAGCUUCGAGUCGCUGGGUCCGAGGAAGAUCUCGUCCGGCUUCGUGAAAGGAUAUCGAGUUUGAUCAGGAACCGCUUGGGUGGAGGGUAUGGCAUUGGGGGUCAGAAAUGGGAAGUAUCGCUGCAAUUUGCUGUAGAACAG